CUCAUGGCAGUUUUAAACAUCUCAGUAUUGCAUUUGUAUAACUCCUUGAACCAGUUUUUUGGUAUCCAUCACACCAUUAGGUCCAAUCUUGGUUGUUUUUCCCAGGAUUUUUAUGAUGUCUCGAGCAAUUAGCAUCCUCGUGCUCCUCUUAAGUGCAGGCAUCCCCUGCCUUCUGGUCCUGGCACAAAAUGGACAAGUGCAUCUUUUCGAUACAAUGGUCAUCGUGCUCCCGAAUAGCUCUAAUAAUGCCCGAGAUGUGGUUCUUGAGCGCAUUCGGCAAGCGUAUGAACUUUCCCUACGCCCGGAAGUGGAAAAGGUCAAGAUCGAUCUACUAAUAGAUUCUCCCUUUUUUACGCAAAAGUUCACGGAUGACGGCUCGCCGUAUCUGUUUCUGGACGGUCUACCAAAACCUUUGAUGCGGAACGGUUCGUUAACCAACAGUCGACCCGUAGUGAUUACGGACUCCAUUGAAAUCACCGCCACCGGUCGAGCGCAACGCGACAAGAUAAUGGAGGAUAUCAAGCAAGUGUGGGAAAAAGUCGCAGCCGCGGCGAACAUUAGCCAUCUGCAGGUCGACAUUAUAAGCGACCGCCCAUCGGAAGCCUACGCCACCAGUGAAGGCGUUCCCAUUCGCAGCAUCACCUACCGAAUCACCGCCACCGCCAACACGGAUUUCGAUGAGCUGGCGUUGAAGAACGAAUUCCGCCUCCAUCUCAACAUCUCGGCGGUGCGCAAUCUGUGGAAGAUCCCGGACUUCAUUAUCCCGGCGUUCGAUAACAACACCACGAUACCGACAACAACUACUCAGCCAAAUUUCAGCGGGAUGUCGUUCAGCACGCCGGUAUUGCGAAAUAUUGUUAUUCGAGUGUCUGGACAAGUCAGCACGGGAAUAAGCGUUUCGGAGGCUAAACGCCGGUUCCGCAAAGUGGUGGCGGCUUUCCCCGUUGAAGGAUUAUGGUUUAUUAGUGAAGAGGAUGCCGAAGCGGCUGCGGUGGACGAAACAGUUAUCGAGAUGCCGGUGAAUGUUAGCGUUGUCUAUGUUAACGUCACCGAGCCAUGCAACUACGUUUGCCCGAAUUAUACCAGGCCGGACGACCUUUCGAUAGUGUCUGUGCAAAACAUAACAGCGUUCUCGAUCGUAUCGAAUAUUUCUUUGUGGGACAACGUUACCGAACCGACGAUUCCGUUAACCUUCAUCAAUCUGGCAGCGCCGGUAAUUCCCGUGAACAUUACGAUGCCGGCUCUUCCUAAGGAAAUUCCCUCUUCGGUUCCAGACUACGGUUCAUUUUUACUCAUGAGCAAUUUAAUCGACACGAUGGGAAAACUGACCGAAAUGUCCAGUCGCGUGUUCAAACGUGUAUUCCAAAUUUAAACCGUGUUCAUUUGUAUUACCGGGUUCAAGGACUCAUUUCAUAUAUUAUACAAACAAUUAAAGUUGUUUAGGACAGUCUAAUUUUGGCAUGCGGAACAUAGUAUUAGUAAAUAAAUCUUUUAAGUAAAUCCUUCGUCGUCAUUCCAGCCCAUCUUUACAAACAAAAAAGCUAGGCUAAAUAAAAUGACGUUGAGAAUAACGGUCGCCCAGGGGAAGGGUGUUUUCACAGAUGGAACGGGUACGAAAAACGGCACAAUGGUAGACGGGGUAGUGGAAGAGUUGGUGAUAUACUGCAGUUCAUAAACCAGGAUUGUCUGGGCUUUGGGAUGCUGUUUCCGCUUUU